AUGAAUUACGAAUUCGAGCGAGAGAGCGGUUUUAUCAAUAGUCAGCCGUCGCUUGCUGAGUGCCUGACAUCUUUCCCCCCUGUCGCUGAUUCAUUCCAAACUUCAUCAAUCAAGGGCUCGACGCUUUCACGGCCGACGCUGCUGCCUCCUCCCUUCGAGCAGACCAUCCCCAGCUUGAACCCGGGCAGCCAUCCGCGCCACGGCCGGCCCAGGCACAGUCCCGAUGGGUGCAGUCCGCUGCCCACCGCCUCGCUGCCCCCGGAGUACCCGUGGAUGCGCGAGAAGAAGGCGUCCAAGAGGAACCACCUGUCCAGCGCCAGUGCCAUCUCCAGCGGGGCCGUGUGCUUCUCCCCGAAAGGCUCGCCCGAGAUCGCGGAAAGCGGCGUGGGAGCGGGGCUCGGGAGCGGCGGAGCUGGAGGUCUCUCUGCCGGAGGAGUAGCAGCAGCAGCGGCGGCAGGAGGAGGAGGGGGUUCGCGGAGGCUGAGGACCGCGUACACAAACACGCAGCUACUCGAGCUGGAGAAGGAGUUCCACUUCAACAAGUACCUGUGCCGGCCGCGACGCGUGGAGAUCGCGGCCCUGCUGGACCUGACCGAGCGCCAGGUCAAAGUGUGGUUCCAGAACAGGCGCAUGAAGCACAAGAGGCAGACCCAGACCAAGGACAGCCACGGCGGGGACGGGAAAGGCCGAGGGGCGGGCGAGGAGUCACUGCAGAGCGAAGACGACGAGGAAGGAUCCCUUUACGAGACUUUUCAAACGCACAACAAUAACAACAACAACAGCAGCGAAAUGGCGUUUACAGCCGCGCCGCUGAACUGCAAUGACAAAAAUCUCAAACAUUUUCCCAAUUCUACGCCGGGGUGCUUGUCAACAAUGGGGCCCGGCUCGGCAUCUGGAGCCCCGGACAAUGGCGAGUGCAGUCCCCCGGCUUUGGACGUCUCCCUGCACGACUUCCAGGCUUUCUCCGCGGAUUCCUGCCUGCAGCUGUCCGACGCAGCCUCGCCGAGCCUGUCCGAGUCUCUGGACAGCCCCGGGGACCUAUCCACGGACACUUUCUACUUUUUCACGGAGUCGCUGACUACAAUCGACCUACAGCAUCUGAACUAUUAACCCCAACUGCACGCGUUUUGUCUCUCCCGUGGACACGAAUUUUUAUAAUUGUUUGUAAAUUGGGCACAUUAAUUUUGUUGAUAUUUGACAAGGUAAGGCUCGAUUCCGAAUCUCUGAAGUAGUUGUAAUUACCACAACAGACCCUGGAAUGAAAUGAAGUGUGUGUGUGUGUGUGUGUGUGAACUAAGGAUGCAAUAUUCAUAGACUAAUGGAAACCUGCUCCUUUUUAUUUUUGUAUAGCUUC